AUGAAUCGUCUUCUCUUAAUGAGAGUCCAGCAAGCACUUUUGAUUCAAUCAAAUUUGCAGUGGCGCCACUUUUUCUUGAAGAGGAAUUACGCUCUGGCUUCCAGUGACCAGGAAUGUGUACUUCGAGAUUAUAAACCGGACUCUACGCAAAAUUGUCACUCGACUUGUUUUAUCUUCUCUUUAAAUGGAACAAACAGAGAAACAGGCAUAACUAGGACUCUUGGCAUUGGCCGAGGAUGUUCGAGUCACUUCUUAACGGAUGACCAACAUAUGCAUCUGGGCCUGGGUACGUACACCAAACCAUCCGAAGUCGGCACCUAUCUACCAGCUGACUUCGAUAAGUACUCAUCUUAUACGUCUGAUUGGCGAUUUCGCAACUGUUGUGAUCUAUCUCUGCCUUCUUUUUUGUUAUUUUUACUCUCAGUUGCACUCUUUAAAAGCUGA